UUGCAGUCCACCGUCUGUGACAUCAGAAGGCAGACUUUAUAAAUGAAUGGACAGAGGCAGGCAGUUUGCUAACACACAGCAUUAAUGGCACCGUAGCUUUCUUGAGGAGAUAGAGCGACAAGAGAGAGCGAGAGAGAACUGGCUAACCCCUGAAGAUGGACCGAAGAGAUGCUACGCUCCUUGGUUCCCUGCUGUUGUGUAUCAUCACUCAGGUGUGCUGCCAGCUAUGUGGGGGCCCGUGUCACAACUGCCCCUGGCCCGCACCACGCUGCCCUCUGGGGAUGUCCACGGUGCUGGAUGGGUGCCGCUGCUGCCAGGUGUGCGCCAGACAGGAGGGCGAAGACUGCACGGAGAGGUUUGUGUGUGACAGCCAGCAGGGCCUGCAGUGUGACUACAGCGCCAGCUACCCCGGUGGUCCUGGAGAGUGUGUCAGCCAGAACAUGCUGGGAUGUGAACUGAACGGCAUGCACUUCGAGGAGGGCCAGACAUUCCAGCAGUCGUGUGCACAGCUGUGCCACUGCCUGGGUGGCGGGGUGACCUGUGUGCCACUGUGCAGCGAUGACCUACAGGUUCCUGCUGCAGCCAACUGCCCCAACCCUCAGCUAGUGCGCCAGCCUGGGAGGUGCUGCAGGGAGUGGGUCUGUGAAAGCCUGGACAACAACAUUUACCCAGACACUAUGGCUGCAGUGGAGAAACCACCAGAGAGGGAGAGGGUGCGUCACGGGCUUCGUGGUGAUGGUGGUGGGGCUCAGUCUCAGGGCCAGGGCCUGAACUCCAACUGCAUUGAGCAGAGCACAGACUGGAGCCCCUGCUCCAGCAGCUGUGGCCCAGGUGUCUCCACCCGCAGCUCAAACAAGAACUGGGCCUGCCGCCUGCAGACCCAAACCAGACUGUGCCAAGUCAGGCCAUGCCAGGCCACUGCCGUGCCUCACAGCAGGUCGCAUGUGGGAACUGGUGCCUGCGAUAGUAGCUUCAGGUCUCCCGUGCCCAUUCAUCUGGAGCACCAGGGCUGUUUGAGCACGUGGGCCUACAGGUUCCGGUUCUGUGGCCUGCAGUGUCUGGAAGGCCGCUGCUGCAGCCCCUACCACACCAGAACUGUCAACAUGGCCUUCCGCUGCCCCCAGGGCAGGAUGAUCCACCAGCAGGUGAUGAUGAUUGAGUCCUGCUCCUGCCACCACUACAAUUGUCCCCAGUCCCCAUUCACAGCCUACAGGAGAGCCAUUCCCUGGCUUUAGAGUAUAGGACCGUGGAGAGUGAAAUAGCCCCAAAGCCAGAGAUUGGCAAGCCCUGUCAGUGAAGAUACUGGACAAUGACAUACGAAUAGGAAUCGAAGAGUAGGGUAGGAUUCAAUCAAACUUGCACUGUGGGAAAAAACACAUGGUUCCUGCGCUGUUGAAAAAGCACCAUUAGUUUAACCCAGUAAAUAUAGUCAACUGCUUUGCAUUGCUUAGAUUAUGUGUAAUAACAGUGUUAACAAUUUCCGCAGUGCAGGUUUGAUUCAAUUUCAUCCUCUAUUUGAUUUUGAAUAUUGAUUAGGGCCAUUUAAUUUAAAUGAAUACCUCCAUCAUCAAGAUUCUUAGAAAAGGUGUCUGUGUGUGUGAGAGAGAGAGAGAACGAGAGAGAAAAAGAGGGAGAGAGAGAGAGAGGAUGAGUGACUAGUUGAUUGAGUGAUGCCUGGUGGUGGAUGGAGGUGGAGGCCUAUAGCGGCCGUUUCGGUUACCUCAAAGUAAAUAUGGAACUGAAUGUACAGUAGGAAGUUACUGUAAGUAAAAAUAGGUUGGUGUCAACUCCAAGUGACCUUCAUGCGCAAGCUUAGCUGUCAGUCAUAAUUUCUAUAAACUGUAAGUAUUAUGUUAUCAGUCAAAUAAUUUUUUCAGUAAUAUUGUUAUUACGCUAUGUUACAAUGAGGAUAAAGACACCUGAAUUACUGUCUUGUAGAUUGGUAUGGUUAAUAAUUAAAACGUCAUCAAUUAAAUAUUUAAAUUCUCACAUCCAUGCCUUAAUAGCCUAUUCACACUGGGAACACACUGGUUGAAUCAACAUUGUUUCAAUGUCAUUUGUCAACCUAUUGUGAUGUGGACUC